CAUCCCCAGCGCCGCCCGCCUAUCCUCACCCUGCGCUGCCGCUGUCCAUGAAGAGUUAGUCUGAUUGAUUUCACAUCGCCGGCUGUCGAUGAGGAGCUGCUGUUCUGCUUCCUCUCUCCGUGGGAUUUCUAGAACGGCGUGGAGCCGCGCGGUGGCCGCAGCUCCGAGCCUGACCGGCGGCAGCCACCAGCAGCAGAAGCGCGACCUGCGCCACCUCCCCCUGCACCUCAGGCCUCCUGCUCCGCCCAUCGCCCAUGGCCUCGCUGAGCGCUUAUUCUCUUCCUCCUCCAGCAAGCGCUCCACCAAGAAAUCCGCCGCAAAGAAGGACAUCCCGGUGGACUCUGCCAGCGGCGCCGACCCGUUCUAUGUCGUCCGCAAGGGCGACGUCAUCGGCAUCUACAAGAACCUCUCCGACUGCCAAGCCCAAGUCAGCAAUUCGGUCUGCGACCCUUCUGUGACUGUGUACAAAGGCUAUUCUUUGCGCAAAGAAACUGAGGAGUACCUACCUGCGCGUGGGUUAAAGAAUGCUCUGUAUUCCAUCAAUGCAGCAGAUGCAAAAGAUGAAUUGUUUGAUGAUCUGGCUCUCUGCCCUUUCCAGCAACCUGAUGGAAGUGCUACCUCUACUCUGGAAAGGCCACAGGAGAUGGAAACUGGACCAUCGAAGAAGCAUCCCAAAUUUGCUGAACUCGAACCAUUACCUGACAGCCAUCUGUCCUGUAUUCUUGAAUUUGCUGGUGCCCGUAAAGGAAAUCCCAGUAAAUCAGGUGCUGGUGUAAUAGUAAGGCGGACGGAUGGAUCUGUGAUUGCUCAACUACGUGAGGGUUUGGGUAGUGUGACGGAUAAGACUGCUGAAUAUCGUGCAUUGCUCUUGGGGCUGACAUAUGCUGUUAACAAGGGAUUCAAGUAUAUUCGUGCUCAAGGCAAUUCUCAAAGUGUCUGCUACCAGGUCCAAGGUCUCUGGCAUCCUAAGAGGGAUCAUACAGUUGACUUGUGCAAGAAAGUAAAGGAACUGAAGGGAAGGUUUCUCCAGAUUCAGAUGAACCUUGUUUUGAGGGAAUUUAAUGCCGACGCCCAUGCCCAAGCUAAGCUUGCCAUCAAACUUCCUGUUGGUGGGAUUCAUGAGGAGUCAACCAUCACAUGCUAGCCAGAGUAGCUUGUGUAUCGCUCCAGUUCUUUUGGUGCGACUGAAGCCAUGUUCAUUGACAGAAACAAGAGUUCAUUGUAGAGUGGUUAGCGCAUAAUUUGUGGUUUUCUGGCGUAGUUGCGAGCUUGGGUGGUGAUGUUUGGAUAACAAGUCUGAAGCUGAGGAGAUUGUGUCCAGAUUUUUUUGAAUGGUGCAGAAGCUCAGCAUGAGUAACUUAGCACUAGUGUUUACCUACUUACUGAUAUUAUGUGACUGGACUAUAUACAUUAUCAGCUUCGAUGCGGGGUUCCCCGCUCAUGCCACCCGAAGUGGUGUUGUCCUCGUCGGUGAUGUAGGUGCCUGUGUUUUGAGGCUCAAUCUCAUCUGCGAUGGAGAAGAAGGAUUCGAUUGCGUUUCUAGUUUUUAUCUUAGGGUCCUAUGUGUAAAGUCUGAGGGCUAUGUUGUAUUUCUUUUUAAUUUAGGGUCCUUGAUGUAAUUUGUACUGCUACCGUUGAAGUUUAAUGCAGUUUCUAGGCCCUUCGGGGCAUUUCCCCUGUUAAAAAAUGACAAUAUACAUUAUUAGGUAUAUACAAAGGUCGUGUGGGACCCAAGA